AUGCCUCAUGGCGUUCCAAGGGAGAAACCUCCGCGGGACGAAACAGGGGCAGUCCAUGGGGGUAAGGAGAAGUCCCAGUCCCCGGCUGGUAGACCGGCUGAGUCACCGGCUGGGACGCCGGCAGGGAGACCGGCUGGAAGGCAGGCUGAGACGCCGGCUGGAAGGCAGGCAGGAAGGCCGGCUGAAUCUCCGGCGAGAGGGCCGGCAGAGUCAUCGGCUGAAGAGCCGGUUGCGUCACCGGCGGGAAGGCCGGCUGCGUCACUGGCGAGAAGGUCAGCUGGAAGGCCGGCUGAAUCUCCGGCGAGAGGGCCGGCAGAGUCAUCGGCUGAAGAGCCGGCUGAGACACCGGCUGGGACGCCGGCUGGAAGGCAGGAAGGAAGGCCGGCUGAAUCUCCGGCGAGAGGGCCGGCAGAGUCAUCGGCUGAAGAGCCGGUUGCGUCACCGGCGGGAAGGCCGGCUGCGUCACUGGCGAGGAGGCCGGCUGAAUCUCCGGCGAGAGGGCCGGCAGAGUCAUCGGCUGAAGAGCCGGCUGCGUCACCGGCGGGAAGGCCGGCUGCGUCACUGGCGAGGAGGCCGGCUGAAUCUCCGGCGAGAGGGCCGGCAGAGUCAUCGGCUGAAGAGCCGGCUGCGUCACCGGCGGGAAGGCCGGCUGCGUCACUGGCGAGGAGGCCGGCUGAAUCUCCGGCGAGAGGGCCGGCAGAGUCAUCGGCUGAAGAGCCGGCUGCGUCACCGGCGGGAAGGCUGGCUGCGUCACCGGCUGAAGUGCCGGCUGCGUCACUGGCUGGAGAAUUGGCAGCUGCGCCAGACUGGUCGCCGGCUGGACACCGGACCCGAGAGACGGCUGCGUCACCGGCUGGAGAACCGGCAGCUGCGCCGGACUGGUCGCUGGCUGGAUACCAGACUCGAGAGACAGCUGCGUCACUGGCGAGAAGGCUGGCUGAGUCAUCGGUGAGAAGGCUGGCUGCGUUACCGGCUGAAGUGCCGGCUGCGUCACCAGCUGGAGAACCGGCAGCUGCACCGGAUUGGUCCCCGGCUGGACACCGGACUGGAGAAAGGAACACCGCGACCCCCUCUUAG